AUGCGUACCACUACGGUUAUUUCUCUCUCGUUCGUCACAGUCGCCGCUGCGUCUCCUUACCAACUUCAAACUCUUGCUCCUUCCUGGGAAUCCGCUGGAAAACAAGGAUGUAUAUCCGCGUCUUCCAACACCGCCGGGGCUCCCGCCGUAAUUCAUGAUUGCAAUACUGGAGAUGUUGCCAACCACCCCUGGGACUUGGUUCUCCCUACCAAGCAAGCUGCAGGACCCCAACAGGUCAAGGUUUUCGGUAACAAGGCACCCUCCCCUCCUCUUAAGUGUUUGGACGUCGUGAACGGCGUCAACACGGACGGGGCCAAAGUUCAAAUUUGGGAUUGCGUCGCUGGAAACGCCAACCAACUGUGGACUGUCACCAUGGACGGCCAUCUUCAAUGGGCUGCCACCAGCAAAUGUCUCGACCUCCCGAGUGGGUCUGUCACCGACGGAACUCAACUCCAGAUCUGGACGUGUGCCGAUGGGAACUCGAACCAACGAUGGUGGGGGUAUGAUAUUCCCAAUAAGGAAUAUGUUAGAGAAAGUGUCAUUGCCACUGGCCAUGGCCCUAAAGUUCCCGAAUCUAACAAAGACGGCGCAGCUGUCUCCCUCGCCCGCUGCGGAAGCGUCACCGAUACUUUCCCAGCUGGUAACCAAACCUGGGUUUUCCCCGUAUCCCCCUUGACGGGUCCUAUCAAGACUUACGGAGGAUCCAAAUGCCUCGACGUUCGUGGUGGAAGCGAUACCAACGGGACGCCUCUACAGAUCUGGUCUUGCGUUGAGGGAAGUACGAACCAGCAAUGGGCUCACCUUAGGCCGUAUACUUCAACUGUGAUAUCUUGGGCUGGAAAGAACAAGUGUGUUGAUAUCACGAAUGGGAACUGGACUGCAGGGAAUCAUCUCCAAAUCUGGGACUGCGACCCUAACAACACUAACCAGUGGUGGUCCUGA